AUGUUGGAGGAACUUGAGAUUAGAAAUAUUUUUGCGACUGUUCGAGAGGAAUUGACAUUGUUGUUAACUGGGAUUCCAUCCAACAUCCAUUCUCUUUGUUUGGGUUCUCUCGCCAUCACUGACGCGGAUAUAGUAGAUUUAUGCAGGAGGUUGAGCUGUCUUUCUAACUUGCGAUUGACCAAACUUUCAAGGAUAUCUUCUCGAGGAGUCUAUCAGUCGCUUUGUAAACUCCGACGACUAGAAGUGCUGAAGUGUUCCGUUCCUGUUAACGCUAUGGUGCUACGAUUUCUGACGAAUCAGUCCGUUUUAAGUGAUUUAAAGAAAUUCACGGUUGUUGUCACUACGGGAAGUCCUGAUCAUUAUACUCACAUGCUGUCUAGACACUUCGUUGAAGUUCACUGUUCAAGGCACUAUACUAAUCACCACUGGUGCUAUAUAGAAGUCGAAGGACGCAGACUGCGCUAG